AUGGCUUCCAUACCUUCGGACACCAAAGGCCGAAGCCUCAGUACGGCGGACGUCAACCCUCCGUCCGAGCGCCGUGGAUCCCUUGUCGUCGAUACCGCGCUGGCGAGCGAAGAAGAUGCCGCGGUUCUCGCAAAGAUGGGGUACAAACAAGAACUCCGCCGGAACUUCAGCAUGCUUGAAGUCUUCGGGAUUGCCUUCGCUAUCAUGGGAUUGCUUCCGUCCAUCGCCAGUACACUCUCCUAUUCGAUCCCCGCCGGACCUGUGGGCUUGGUUUGGGGCUGGUUCCUGGCUUCGGGCUGUAUCUUCGUUGUCGGCCUCGCCAUGAGCGAUCUGGCAAGCUCAAUGCCAACGAGUGGCGGGCUUUACUACUGGACUCAUUAUUAUGCCUCACCGAAAUGGAGAAACCCGUUGAGCUUUAUUGUUGGAUACAGCAAUACUCUCGGCUUGGUGGGCGGUCUGUGCUCGAUCGAUUACGGGUUUUCCCUGAUGUUUCUCUCCGUUAUCGUGAUAGCCCGCGAUGGAAACUGGUCACCAAGUAACGGCACUGUCUACGGAGUCUUCAUCGCCACCGUAGCCUGCCAUGCCGCCAUCGCUUCGACCAUGGCGCGAGUCAUGGGCAAAAUGCAGACCGUGUUUGUCGCCAUGAAUUUCAUCUUGAUCUUUGCGACCAUCAUUGCCCUGCCAAUUGGAGCGAACAAGCGCAACAGCGCCUCAUACAUCUUUACGCACGUCGAGAACUUGACUGAAUGGCCUACGGGCUGGACCUUUAUGCUCUCCUGGCUCAGUCCCAUCUGGACCAUCGGCGGGUUCGACUCGGCGGUCCACAUCAGCGAAGAGGCCACGAAUGCGACCAAGGCAGCACCACUGGGGAUCCUGUUCUCGAUCGGUUCGUGCUGGCUGUUCGGGUGGAUCUGCUGCAUUGUUAUCGCCGCGUGCAUGACGCAGGACCUGGACAGCAUCCUGGGCUCGCCUUUUGGACAGCCGAUGGCCCAGAUCUACUAUGAUGCCCUUGGCAAAAAUGGAGCUCUUGGGUUCAUGGCCCUGUUGAUGAUUGUCCAGUUCUUGAUGGGUGUUUCGAUCCUGGUCGCCGCUUCUCGUCAAGCAUGGGCCUUCUCUCGAGAUGGAGCGUUGCCUUUCUCCAGAUUCUUCCGUCACAUUUCCAAGAAAUUUGGCUACAUCCCCGUCCGCACGACGCUUGGUUGCGCCACACUAGCAGCCGUUCUUGGUCUUCUCUGUUUGAUCGCCCCGGCCGCGGCUGCGGCUCUAUUCUCCCUCGCUGUUGCGGGCAACAAUCUCGCAUGGGGCACUCCAAUCCUCUGCCGUAUUAUCUGGGGCCAAAAGAAGUUCAGCCCUGGGCCGAUAUAUACUGGCAGAGCUUCGACCCCCCUGGCCUGGGCCGCCGUCACUUUCCUGGUGUUCGGCAUUCUGCUGUGCAUGUUCCCUGUGGGCGGGCCGAACCCGACUGCCGACAGCAUGAACUAUACGUGCGUGAUUAACUCGGCAGUGUGGGGAGGCGCUUUGCUCUAUUAUUACAUUGACGCUCGCAAAUGGUUCCGCGGACCGCAGAUCACUAUCGAUCUGGCCCAACUUACCGAGGAACAGGCGGCGGCGUUGAGAGAGGAAGGACUCAAGGAGGAAGGAGGGAGCGCUGUGCUCGGUGGUGGGAGCACCAGCGUCUCUGUCGACACGAAGCACAGCUGA